AUGAUGGUCAAGGGUCUUGCUGGCAGCUUGCUGCUUGCGCCGCUCAUUGCUUCUGUCGCGGGCAAGAGCACGCCAAUCUACAAGGAUGCCAGUGCAUCGGUCGAUAAGCGUGUUAAGGAUUUGUUGGGCAGGAUGACGAUUGAGGAUAAGAUGGCUCAAUUGAUGCAAGGCGAUAUCACCAACUGGCUGAACCAGACCUCGGGCGCGUUCAACUAUACUGGGCUCGUGACGAACAUGGAGAUGAAAGCAGGUUCCUUCUAUGUCGGAUACCCGGUUGCCUGGGAUUGGAUUGCCGAUAACAUCAAGAGAGCUCAGGAUUAUCUGCUUCAGAACACCACCCUGGGAAUUCCGGCUCUUGUUCAGACAGAGGGUAUUCACGGAUUCUUGGUCGGCAAUGCAACCAUCUUCAACUCCCCAAUCGCAUACGGAUGCUCCUGGAAUAAGGAUCUUGUUGAACAAAUGGGACAGGUUAUUGCGCAGGAAGCCCAAACCCUGGGUGUCAACCAGCUGUUCGCACCCGUUGUUGACUUGGCUCGUGAGCUUCGAUAUGGACGUGUCGAGGAAACAUUUUCAGAAGAUUCAUACCUUGCUGGCGAAAUCGGUUAUAGCUACGUCAAGGGCCUGCAGAGCAAGAACGUCUCCGCCAUGGUCAAGCACUUUGCCGGCUUCAGUAACCCUGAGCAAGGAUUGAAUACCGGUCCUGUUCAUGGUGGUGAGAGAGAAUUGCGUACUACCUGGCUGCCUUCCUUCAAGCGUGCCAUUAUCGAUGCCGGUGCCUGGUCCAUCAUGGCAGCCUAUCACUCAUACGAUGGUAUCCCAGCGGUUUCAGACUACCACACCCUUACCGAGAUCCUGCGAGAGGAAUGGGGCUAUGACUACUUUGUGAUGACAGACGCUGGUGGCAGUGACCGACUUUGCAGUUACUUCAAGCUCUGCCAGAGCAACCCCCUCGAUAUGAAUGCAGUCACCACGGAGCUCUUGACUGCCGGAAUUGACGUCGAGAUGGGAGGUGGUUCUUUCAACUUCCAGAAGAUCCCCGAUCUGGUCAAGUCGGGCAAGCUCGAUAUUGCAACUGUCAACACUGCCGUGUCCAGACUGCUUCGCGUCAAGUUUGAGAUGGGUCUCUUUGAGAACCCGUAUCCUGCUGCUCCAGAAGGCAAGUGGAGCAGCCUGAUUAACAAUGCCGCCGCCAAGAAGGUUGCUAGAGACCUUGACAAGGAGUCCAUUGUGCUUUUGGAGAACCAUGAUUCAACUCUUCCUCUGAAGAAGUCCGGCAGCAUUGCUGUCAUUGGCCCCAUGGCCCACGGAUUCAUGAACUAUGGAGAUUAUGUCGUCUACCAAAGCCAAUACCGGGGUGUUACUCCACUUGACGGCAUCAAGGCGGCAGUCGGAUCCAACGCUGAAAUUAACUACGCUCAAGGAUGUGAGCGAUGGAGUAAUGACGAGUCAGGAUUCGCCGAGGCCGUUGAAGCAGCCAAGAAAUCCGAUGUUGCUGUCGUUGUCGUCGGAACUUGGUCGAGAGAUCAAAAUCAGCUGUGGGCAGGCUUGAAUGCAACAACCGGUGAACAUGUCGACGAAGAUGACCUUUCCCUGGUCGGUGCCCAGGGCCCGCUCAUCAAGGCUAUUGCUGAUACUGGCGUGCCGACCGUAGUCGUUCUCUCCAGCGGCAAGCCUAUCACCGAUACAUGGAUCUCCAACUCGACAGCUGCUCUUGUUCAACAAUUCUACCCAUCUGAAGAAGGUGGUAACGCCCUUGCCGAUGUCUUGUUCGGCGACUACAACCCCUCGGGCAAACUCUCUGUUAGUUUCCCCCGGUACGUCGGCGACCUUCCGAUCUUCUACGAUUACCUGAACUCGGGCCGCUCGAUUGGCGAUUCGGGCCAUGAAGACAGCAAUGGGACCCUGGUUUUCGGGCACCAGUACGUCCUCGGCAACCCACUUCCCUGGUAUCCAUUCGGCUACGGCAAGAGUUACUCCACUUUCGAGUAUGGCUCGGUCAGCGUCGACCGAAAGACCGUUUCUGCCUCCGACAACAGCGUUACCGUGAGCGUUGAUGUGACAAACACUGACAAGACUCGGGAUGGCACGGAGGUUGUUCAAGUAUAUGUCUCCGACGAUAUUGCUUCCGUUGUGGUUCCCAACCGCGCACUGAAGGGCUUCGAGAAGGUUGUUAUUCCAGCUGGCACGACCAAGACUGUCAAGAUUCCUAUUCUGAUCAAGGAUAUCGGUCUGUGGAACACUCGUAUGAAGUAUGUUGUCGAGCCCGGUAACUUCACCGUUCUCGUUGGUAGCAGCUCGGAGGAUAUUCGAGGAAACGCUACUUUCACCGUGCGGUAG